AACACCGGCCGCUCGUGCUUCCGGUGCGGGAUGGAGGCUGGAGAGAAGAUGAGCAAACUGGAGCUGCUGAGCGUCUUCCUGAACGAGCGGCUGGCCGCCGCCGCCGCGGAGAUCUUCGGGGCGGUGAAGGACGCGGUGGCCGAACAGCAGCGCGAGAACCAGCGGCUCCGGAAGCUGCUGCACGCGGCUGCCCAGCGGCUGCAGCUGCAGCUGCAUCCAGAACCUCUCUCCGUCCAUCUCCAAGAAAAAACCCAACUCUGUGAGCCUGAUGGGUCGUCAAACAUGGAGCUGAUUCCUCAAGUAAAACAAGAAUCAACCGUCACACAGACGGAAAGUGAUAAUACUCAACAAACAGACGAGGCAGUAGAAGGAGUCUGCUUCAAUAAUGAGCAGCAGACGUCGUGUCCUCCGCUCGUCUCCAAUGUCUCUGCACCGCCGCAGACGUGCAUGGAAACCAAAAUGGAAAACACUGAGGAGGAGAAGGAGCUGACCCACGGCUCAUCGCCUGUGGCUGUCCCUGUGGACUGCAGAGCAGCCUUCUCUCCCGCAAAGAGUCCAAAGAACUUGAGAACUAAUGUGGAGGGGAAGGGGGCGCUUCGUUCCAACAGCAAACAGAGCAUGCAUCCACUGCCAUUAAAGAACAUUAGAUCGUUGAAGCAGCCCUUGUCUCGCUCGUUUUACCCCAACCAGAGCACUCAGCGGUGGCACAGCUGCAAAGAAUGUGGCAAGACCUUCAGCUUCGCCUGCCAGCUGGAGGUCCACAUGCGCUGGCACACUAAAGAGAAGCCGUACAGCUGCGCUGUGUGCAAGAAGAGCUUCACAACUGUCAGCAUGCUAAAGAGGCACCAUCGCAUCCACACCGGGGAGAAGCCCUUCCGAUGCCAUGUCUGCGGGAAAUGCUUUAACCAGUCAGCUCACCUCAACACUCAUUACAGGCUUCACACAAGGGAAGGUGCAAGCUGGGGGCGAACUGCUCUGUGUCAGUGAACACAACCACAGGAAGCCCAGGAAAUGACUUCAUUUUCCAGAUUUUAAACUGAAAUGUUGACUGUUUGUGGCUUUUUUUUUAUGCAAAACCUUUAAAGAUUUAAAGAAUGCUGGUUUAAUUCAAAAUUGAUCUGACCUGGAACAACAAAUCCCUCCCAUUGUUUUGGGGGACGCACAAUAAAGAAGGUUUUCUCAAAA